AUGCGCAGGUAUCGGCUGCCGUACUGGGCAUUCGUGCCGACGUUAGGCGUUUGGCCCGGAGUCACCGGAACCGGAAGCGGAACUGGAUCAGCAGCCACCGCCGCCACAAUCCCACCGCCGCCCAAGGGAUCCGUGGCCGUGAACCUGGACAGCGGCCGAGUGACCGUGAUAGACGACUUGGCUGCAGGCCGAUCGGAAGUCGGGGACGCGGCCGCCGACCCGAACCGGAAGUGGCGGCCCGCACAGGUCAAGCCGAUGCACCCGAACACGCCGAGCGUCGGCGGACCGAGCUGGCUGAGGAAGACGUCUGCAGUGGCGGCGGCGGCGCCAGAUCCGGUCGUACAGCCGACUCAGGUGAAAGACCCCGCGGCCGUCGCCACUGAUCGACCGGUUACCAAGAUAUACCUGAAACCGUCGGCCAGGGCGAAGGCCGGUGCCGGCGGAGUGGCCCUGUCGAACCCGAUCAGCACGGCCGUGGUCCGCAGGGGCGACACGGUCAGCAUUGAAUACCUUCCGGACGCCACGGCGGAAGCUGGCGAAGGCGGCGUGGCCAUAUCCCGACCGGAACUGGUCAUCCAUUUUAUCGACUGAAACCACACGCGCCCUCCAAAUACACCGACAACGCCGCCAUAAAACCGUUACUAUAGGUCUAUAAAUUGUGCCAUACACACGUGUUAUGAUAUAUGUUGUAAUAUAUUAUUUAUGCGUACGAACAUACACUAUACUCGUGCAGUAUACGAUGUAUAAUGAUUUUUAUAUGAUUUUUAUAUGAUAUUAUUGCUAUUAUUUUUUCAAUAGUGAUGUUCACGAGUAGGUACUUUAUGUUUUCGUUUUCUAGAAGAUGAUCGAAAAAAAAUUAUCUGAAAACAAUACUGUUAUUAUAAUAUAAUGUGUUACUUGUGUUUGUAUACGAAUCGAUGUAUGACUAUUAAUAUUAUUGUUCUGUCAUAUAAAUGCUCGUCGUAAUAUAAUGUGAAAUGCCAUAACUAUACAAAUUAUAUUACUAUAUAUUAUUUACUUUA